CCGUGACUUACUUUUGAUGGUCUCUGGGAGGUCAUUUAUGUAGGCUAGGAAGAGACAAGGGCCAAUGACUGAUCCUUGUGGAAUCCCGGAAAGAACAGGAAGUUCAUCUGAGGUGAAGCCUUCCACAACUAUAUAUACUCUUUGGGUAUCGAGCUUUAAUGCAUCAAUUUAUGGUGGUCAGUCAUAAGGUUAUGAGUACCGUUAUUCUGCUGAUAUGCCUGUUUGGCUUUACUUCCGGAUCCUCGGUCCAGAUGGAUGUUCUGGAUAACUGGGACGGAAGAAUCCACGCCAAGUUUUCUGUACCGAUCACUGAGGAGACAAACGGAUGGGAAUUGAUUGUGAAUUUCUCUGUACCUGUUGGUAAAAUUGACGAAUGGAUGGGGGAUUUUGUGGCCCACUCUGCGGACAACCAGAUGUUCACUCUGGUUAACAAACCCCACAAUGGUAUAUUGCAUCCUGGGGACACGCUCAAAGUAGAAAUGUUCAUUAACUAUCCAGGCAGCACACCACCAACAGCCACUGCAGAGUUUAUCAAUCUUGGCCAUGACAACUUUAUACCUCCCACAGCUAAACCUGACUUGAAUGAUACCAAAUACGAUCUUAAUGAAGUUCUGGAGAAAUCAAUACUGUUCUAUGAAGCUCAAAGGUCAGGCAAGUUGCCAGCAGACAACCGUAUCCCUUGGCGCGGGGAUUCCGCCCUCCAGGACAGGGGAGACAAUGGGGAGGAUCUAACUGGGGGCUGGUAUGAUGCCGGUGAUCAUAUAAAGUUCAACUUUCCAAUGGCGUUCUCCGUGACGUCACUAGCCUGGGGACUGCUGGAGUUCAAGGACGCAUACUACGAUGCCGGAGAGUUAGAUCACAUGUACGACUCUAUCAAAUGGCCGUUAGAUUACCUAAUGAAAUGCCAUGUGUCACCUAAUGUCUACUAUGUUCAGGUCGGAGAAGCUGGCAAGGACCACUCAUUUUGGGGUCGUCCAGAGGAUAUGACAAUGGACAGGCCAGCUUACAAAAUUGAUGAAUCACACCCGGGAAGCGACAUCGCAGCAGAAACAGCGGCCGCCUUUGCGGCAAGCUAUAUGGUCUUUAAAAGCAAAAACGCGACAUAUGCUGCAGAAUUAUUGCGCCAUGCCAAGGAACUUUAUGCAUUCGCGGAGGCGCAUCCCGGAAAAUACUCUGAUAGCGUUAACGCGGCUGCCGGCUUCUACAGAUCGUUUGAUGAGACAGAUGAGAUGUGUUGGGGAGGAGCUUGGAUGUAUCUGGCCACUAAAGACCCCCAUUACUUGCAAGUAGCCGAGUCUUUCUACACACCAGGCGCAGCCUGGGGACAGUCCUGGGACGAGAAAAAUUCUGGAUGCAUGGUUCUCCUGUAUAAAGUGACCCACAAAGACAUUUAUCUGCAAGACAUUGAAGCCACAUUCACUGACUGGAUGCCUGGUGGUUCAAUACCCUACACACCGAAAGGUCUUGCUUUUAGAAGUCAAUGGGGGAGCAACAGAUAUGCUGCUAAUAUGGCACUGAUCGCAAUAAUGGCUUCCAUGCAAGGCGUUCAUCCGGAAGUAUACCGGAAGUGGGCGGAGUCUCAGAUAGAUUAUAUAUUAGGGGAUACUGGACGUAGCUUUGUCGUCGGGUUUGGUACGAAUCCUCCGGAGCAGCCACAUCAUAGAGGAAGUUCUUGUCCAAUGAAGCCAGCUCCGUGCGCUUCAUUCCAAAUGAAUUUGGACGCUCCCAACCCUCAUGUUCUGUAUGGGGCCGUUGUAGGUGGUCCUGGCAAGAAUGAUGACUACACAGACAAGAGGACGGACUAUGUGACAAAUGAAGUGGCCUGUGAUUACAAUGCUGGUUUUCAGUCAGCUGUGGCGGGUUUGAAAGCUUUACACAUGAGAGGGGAAAUGAAAUGAUCCUGUGAUGAUCUACGUUUUUCUAUGUUAGAAUAAAGAGUCGUUGUUCAA